GAAGCUAAGUUAACGGGGUUGUGACGUUCACACAAAUUACAAUGUAAACAAUAUCAAAAGCAUUCAACCAGCUAUAUGGCUUGUACCUGGAAUAUAUCAAACGCGGUAUUUCUCAUACUGCUUGGUGUAGAAUUGAGAAAAUACAAUACAGGUAACGUUAUCGCUAAGCAAACCACCUGUUUAGUGUACGACAAGGUAAAAAAUGACUAUCCUGGAUGCAGCAUCAGGGACACCUCAAAAUGUAAAGUUAAAGUUUGUUCUGGACGAGAAGAAAUGUGUCAUGCAAUGUUUUAUCCGAGUAUAAAUGGGACUCUAGAACCACAAAUAUUAAAUUGUCACUUCAAUGGAUUAGAGCCAAAACAAUGUCAUAAAAAUGUAUGUACUUUACAAUUGGUUGCUCAUGGUUUCUAUUCCUGCUGUUGUUAUGGUGACGAAUGCAAUGGCAACUUAGUGUGGAACCCCCCCACAACAAAUAAUGCUACAAUGGCUAAUUCGACAACACCUACAAUAGUUGCUGUAACUAACAAACCAAAAAAUGAGAUGUCUAAGACGAAACUACUUUGCUACACGCUUGUACCCCUUUUUGGUAUCAUUAUCAUUGUUGGGGUGACUCUUCAUCUGCUAAAGCGAUUGAAACGCUUGCGACUUGAGCAAGAGCUUUUGCUUCCACAGACUAUCGCAUCACCGCAAAAUCCCUUACUGUCCAUAGAAAUGCUUGAGGUUCUACAGAGAGGACAUGUUAGUUGUGUUCACAAAGCGAAAUACGAACAAAAUAUGGUGGCUGUCAAAAUACUCGAUCCUACAAUGUCCCAGUAUUGGGAAAAUGAAAAAUGGAUUUAUGAAAACUGUAGGUUAGAUCAUGAAAACGUCCUUCAUUUUGUGAAGGCUGAAAAAAGAAUUGUAUAUAACAGUCUUCAAUAUUGGAUAGUAACCGAACUUCACAAUAUUGGUUCAUUAGCAGACUACCUUAAAGAAUACACUUUGAAUUUGACUAGUAUGCUAAAAAUGCUCUUAUCUAUAUCCAAGGGCUUGCAUUACCUGCAUGGCAGUGAGGAUGUGUCUGGAAAGUCUGUUAUAGCUCAUCGUGAUUUUAAAUCCUGCAAUAUCUUAGUUCGUGAUGAUUUGACUUGUUGUAUUGGUGAUUUUGGGUUAGCACUUGCUGUCGUGAAUACAUCCAAAGCUGUCAUGUCUCAGGUUGGUACUAAUAGGUACAUGGCACCAGAGAUCCUACAAGGCUCAAUUUCCUUCUUAAAAGAGAGCUUUUUGUAUGUUGAUAUAUAUGGCUUCGCACUUGUAAUGUGGGAAAUUCUAUCCAGAUGUCAACAAAAUAGCAUAAUUCCUGGCCCGUACCAACCACCCUACUUUGACGCUGUUGGUUCCAACCCGACCAUAGAAGAAAUGUUGCGGUGCGUUGUAGAACAGAAAAAACGACCUCACGUGGAAAGUAAAUGGAGAAAGGACCCGACAUUCAAAUCUAUAUGCGAGACUAUGGUUGAGUGCUGGGACGCUGAUGCGUAUGCGCGUUUAACCGCAUGUUGUGUUUUAGAAAGAUUAACUCAACUGACGCAAGACGCGUCUUCACGCGAUGAUCGCAGUCUCCAUCUUGAGGUUUUAACGUGAAGCACUUAGAAUGUUAGUUCUUAGAUUUAUUUAUACACCUGCCGUAGGCGUGGUCACACUGGAAAAAUAGAUGUAAUGUUUUUGUUAGGGACGUUAGUACAACGGUCAUUCAAAAUGGCACUAGUAGUUAUUCAAGAUAUUUUGAGGACCAGAUUAUUUUUGGUUGAAUGCGAUUUUUAAGAUGUUUUUAUUGUUCGAUUUAUUUAUAUCGGUCGUUUUUUUUUGUUUUUUUGUAAAUAUAUAUAUUAACUAUACUUCUCCUCGCCUUUGUAAUUAUAUAUACAUACAUACUAUAUAUACAUACUGACAUAUAUGCGUACAAAACGCACGUAUAAAUGACCUUUCGUGUGAUAUGCAUGUAUAUAAUACCCUCGCACAGAUAAUUAUAUACAUAGAACAUGCAUUUAUAUAUUAAUUAUCUUACAUGCAUAUAUACGUGUUACCUUACAUGUAGAUACGUAUAUACAUAUAUACGUAUGACACGAACGUGUAUACAUUGCCGUACUUACAGAUACAUAUAUACGUAUGAUAUGUAUGUAUAUAUUACCUUGCAUGUAGAUACAUAUACAUAUAUAUGUAUGAUAUGCAUGUAUACAUUGCCGUACCUACAGAUACAUUAAUAUGAAUGAUAUGCAUGUAUACAUUGCCGUACCUACAGAUACAUUAUUACGUAUGAUAUGCAUAUAUAUAAUACCUUGCAUGUAGAUACGUACACAUAUAUACGUAUGAUAUGCAUGUAUAUAUUGCCGUACCUACAGAUACAUAUAUACGUGUGCUUAUAACUAAAUUGAAUUUUAUCAACGACAUGUGUUUUCGAAAAGGUUUAUAUGAUCUUUUUAUAAACAGUACCAAAUUAAACAGUCCAAAAAUUGCCUAAAUUUUAAAUAAUACACGUUUCCCGAAUUGCAUGUUUUUUAAAAUUUUAGAAUUUUAAUAUUUUGACUUAAGGAUCAUAUUCAACAUUAUUGAAUUGGUGUGUGUAUAAAUUUUUAACUUAAUCCGACAUGUGAAAAUUCUGUUUCGGUUGUAUUAAUGUUACGGUCGUCUUCUUAAUUUUUAAAUUGUAGUAAUAAGCCUCGGUUUUAAGCAGGGGUCAAUUAGCACGAAAUAAAAAAAAAUAUUUAACAUGUUAUUGCCUGCAUGAAUCUGAAGAUUUUACAUUUCAAGUUUCAGGUAAAGAUUUCAAAAAUCACAUUCAUUUUGUUUGACAAAGUUGAGAAGUAGCAGCGGUGCAUCAUAGAAAACUAAUUCUUCUUCGGGAAAGGUGUAUUGUUAAACGAUUUGCGUAGGGUUAAAAAGUCGUCAAUAAAUGAAGUAAAGUAUUUCUUCAUGUAAACAAUGUUUUGUGUCAGUUCUUAAAUGUUUAAAGCGAAGUGCGAAAAAUUUUAAUAAAUUAAAAGGGAGUGUAGCUCAAACAUUUUUUUAUUUAUUUUUUUUUAUUUUAGUUUUAAAGGUUCAUAAACUAAAUUAAUACGAAGAAGAAACAUUUUUUCAUUAGAUCUUUUCAACUAGUAGAAUGUUUUUUUUUUUAAAUCGCGAAUGCUUCUUGAAAUACCUACAUUUUGAGUCUGAACAAAUUGUUAGAAUCUUGAAAAAAAAACCCAGCUGUAUGAGUCUUGGGAUUACUCAUAAUUUUGUAGUAAAGAAUCGCCAGAAUUGAUAAAAGAAGGAACAAAACUUUCUGUUAGCACAAGUGUUAGUCUAUAAUAAGUCAUGGGAAUGUCUGCUAUAUAUCAGUUUGUUAUAAAACUUAUAUAAGAAAAUUUUAAAAAUUUAAUUUGACGGUUAUAACGACAACUUCAUUAGCUGUUAUUUGGUCACGUGUCUAUGGCAUUUCGUAUAUUAUUGUUUUCGCUUAUAAGUACGAAUUUUAUGGAAUUUAUUACCUUUUUUUUAUUCACGUGUAAAAAUAAUAAUAUUUACGCUAUAUUAA